UCAAACCAACUUUCCCCAACAAAAUCUCCCACUAGCUCGCUCAAAGAGUUUAUAUCCCUCAACAAAAACUUCAACAUUAUAUGUGAAGGUUAAUUGGAAAAACUUUGACAACUUCAAACACUUUUAUGUAUCUAAUUCUGAAAAUGUUUUUGAGCGAUUUGAAGUAACUCUAAAAAUAUUUUCAAGUGAAAAAUCGGAGAGUUUAGUGUUUAAUGGAGAAAAUGAACAUUAUAAUGUUUUUAAGUUUGAGCCAAACAAAUAUUGGUUAGCUAAUCACAUAAGAAUUGAAGUUAAACCGCUAAUGCGAAAGAUUAAAGAAAACCCCUUGAAGAUUAUAAAGUCAUCUGAAAUUGAAGGAGAAAGCUCUGUAUCUGCCAGUGAGAGAAAUGCUUCAGAACUUCCAACAUUGUGGGGAGAAUUUGAGUAUGAUUAUGGCACAAGAGUUUUGUUCAAUUACGAUGAAUCUUUUAAAAAUCCGAGAUUUGUAAUUACGGAUAAUGCAGCUUUGGAAGGAUUAUUCCCAAUUGUUAAUUUAAAAUUUUAUAUUAAAAUACCCAACAAUUAUAAAUUUGUUAAAUUGUUUUGUCAAAAAACUAAACAAUAUAAGAAAUGGUUUAAAGCAGAUUUAAACGAUGUUAAGGAAAUUUUGGGAGAAAAGGAUGGUGAUAAAGAAAUCUUGGUUAAAUACAAGGGGCAUGUCUGUCCUGAAGAUAAUUAUGAAUUUCAUUUUAUUAAAACGACUGAGAAAUUUACAAUGGUAUUUUUAAAUAAAAGUUUGAUAAUCUACAAAAUAGACUUAACUAAAAUAGUUUCAUAAAUAUGUAUAGAUUUAAAAAGUUACUGAGCUGGUAGAAUAAUAAAAUAAUUGUUAAACCCCAAAUAAUAGAAAAUAAUUGUUAAUAUUAUCUGUUUCUCUAAUAAAAACGGUAAAGGAUCGAAUGUUGAGAGGAUCAGUUAAUUCAAUGUUUUCAUAUAUUCAAGAUUUGGUGGGGGACCGGUCCUUUAGUUAUGGUACUCUUUCUCGAUACUUUUUGGCACUUUUCGGAGCUCGAAUUUCACCUAAUUUUAUGUAAUGAUUUUGAGAACAUAAUCCAUG